GGCAUCAGAGCAAUGAUAUUGCAGCGUCCGCUUGGAUUGUGGUAAGGUGAUGCGGUGCUCGACGCUUGAUUCUUCAGUGACUUCAGCAGAAGACGUCAUAUCCCCACCACGCGAGGGACGCGUAGCGUCGCGUGUUCUUUAAAACCGUUCGGGGAUACUUUUUAGCUCAUUAUUGAAGAAAAACUAUAUUGUGCUAAUACCGCCGUUCGGUAUAUGGUGAAAAGUGUACACCAUUUGAGGACUUUGUGUAUUUACUCACCAGUGAUAUUGUUGGUGCGAGACGGAACUGGAAUUUAGUUGUAAACAUGACGACGGAAAUCAGAUAUAAAAUAAAUGGACGUAUACUGUCGCUUGCUUUAGUUGGCCUCCUUAUGGUCGUUUCUUCUUGUUUAAUCUUCGUCUAUGAUCCCGUGCAGCUAAUACUGAAAAAGCUGCUUGCUCUGUCACCGGGAACGGUAUUCUUCAACCUGUGGUCGGCACCACCAUACGAUGUUGUUAUGAAAUUGUACAUCUUCAACUUCACCAAUGUCGACAAGUUCCUGAGUGGCGAGGAAAAGAUGAACGUUACGCAAGUCGGUCCGUAUUCUUAUAAGGAGAUCUUGACAAACAACAACGCGACCUUCGGAGACGAUGGCACAGUGACCUAUUCGCCAAGACGGGAUUUUAUAGUGGAUCCGGAAAAUUCUGUGGGGGACCCAAAUUUAGACAGGGUGAUCGUGCCUAACAUUCCUCUUUUGGGCAUCCAGUCUUACCUGGCAGACUCCUCAUUUUUAACCAGCAUGGGAUUUUCUGCGGUGGCUGCCAGCCUUGGUUCAGAACCUGUUCUUGAUCUGACGGUGGACGAAUUUUUGUGGGGAUACGAAGACAAGUUGGUGACCGUGGCUAACCAAUUCCUCCCGAAUUGGAUAGACUUUGGCACCUUUGGACUACUAGAAAGGCUUAUUAGUCGAGACAACACCAACGAGGUAACCAUAAGCGUGGAACCGGACAAGCACAAAUCCAAGUUCGAUUAUCUCCUCACCGACGACGAGCAGAAUUCCCAGUUUCACAUCGUGCGAUGGAACGGCCUGCCCGGUCUCAAAGAAUGGGGAUACGAUCCGUCACAAGAAGACGAGAACACCAACACCACCAAGAAAUGCCAACUCGUAGAGGGCGCUUUCGACGGUACCAUCUUCCCAAAACACCUCAAAAAGGACUUCGCCCCCACGAUAUUCAGGAAAGCCUUCUGUCGACCAGUCGAAAUGGAAUUCGUGGAAGAAUCCACCACCGCUCAGGGAUUCAGAUCUUACAACUACAAACUUAAGGACAACAUGUUCGCUUCCCCCGAAGAGAAUCCGUCGAACGAGUGCUAUUGUUUCAACGGCAAAUGCCCCGCUAAGGGUUUGCAGACCAUCGCCCCUUGCUAUUACGACAUUCCCAUCGUGUUGUCGCAGCCGCACUUCCUUAACGUAGACCCGGAAAUUCUCGCAACCGUCAACGGUUUAAAUCCGAACAUGAAGGACCACGGCAGCGUCGCCAAGGUGCAGCCGGACCUAGGGGUGCCCCUGGACGAGUCCACCCUUAAAAUCCAAGUCAACUUGGAAGUGGGUAAAACCAGGUUCAAUAGUAAGACCAGACCCUUCAACGACCUCACCAUCCCCCUCUUCUGGAUCGAGCUGACUUGCAACGAACUUCCCACGACCGUCUACUAUUUAGUCACGCUGAUAGUUUCCGUGUUGCCCGUGGCGGAGGUCGUGCUCAAGUACCUCCUGCUGUUGAUGGGACUUGCCAUGAUUUCGGGGGCGGCCCUAUUGACGCUGUUCUUCUCGAAGACGGUGGUGCCGAGGUCGCUGAGCAUAGCCUCGGAGUAUUCCCCCAUCCCCCUGAUAAACAUCUCCUCCCAGUAUUUUAAGCCUGAAAUUCGGAUAUGUAAAUAGAUUUUUUUUUUGUUGUUAAUAAAUUGCUGCUAGGUGCCUUGUAGAGAGAGUUUGCGCGUCUGUGACGUUCUAUAGAGACUGAAACAAAUUAUUUAUAUUUGUACCAUGUUAUAUGACUAGUGAGAUAAUGUCUACUUCUUAGGCUUUAAGUGUUUUUAUUUAUGAAUGGUUUUGUAUGUUUGUAUAUUAAUAUACGUUACACAAAGGUUUCGUUUAA